AUGUCGCAGCUGAAGAAAGAAGCCGCCGCAGUGAAAAGCCCCAUCGAAGGCGUCACUGCCGCCAAGGUACAAUUCGGUAGUUUUCUACUCUCUAAUCAUCAAUUUCACAACCUUUUAGCCUUUUUAAAGGAAGAAAAUAAUGAAAUAGUGUAUAUUUUUCGCUAUCAAUAAAGUCAUCUUUUGAAAAGGGAAGAAGAAUGUUCAGACGGAUUUCGUGUCGUUCCUUUACGCCUCUCACGGCAAGACCUACGACGAAUACGUGGCAAAAGCCGAGGAGACGACGGGCCUCAAGCGGGAGAACCUCUCCUACGUCCUCUAUGGCCUGCUCGCCUUCUACCUCAUCUUCGGGUCCGCCGCCAAGCUCCUCUGCAACCUUAUUGGCUUCGGUUAUCCCGCCUACGCUUCUGUCAAGGUUUAUCGACCGCGAAAUUUCCUUUUUGUGCUUUCCAAGCGUUAUAAGGAAUGGUUUUUGAACUAAAAAAGCUUGGUUCGAAAAUGUUACACUUGUCAGACGAAUAUUUCAAGUUUUUCAAUUUCGACCUUAUAUGUAAACCCAACAAGAAACAAAAAUAAGGGAAAAACCAGUGCAAAAAAAGAAAUUUUUUUACUUAUUUUUUUCAACUUUCAUAGAAUAAAGCAGAACUUUCUGGCCUCACUACUAGAAAAAACAGUUUGACCGCGAACUUUUUUUUUGCGCGUUUUGUUGUAGGUUUGCGUCAUUCUGCUACUUUGUGUGUUUUAACAUCGAAAAUUUGAAAAUUUUCAAUUCGACUUCCGCUUCUUUUUUUUCAAAAGCAUAUUGAAGUGAGUUUUCUGAUUUAUAAAGAUGCUGGGAAAUACCUUUUGAUAAUUUCAAAAAAAGUUCAAGAAACUUUUAGAUACUUUCAAGAUACUUUUUAAAGCAUCAUUUUCAAAAAGUCUUUCCGCAAACAUCAAUCAUUUUUCGGAGAUAUUGAGAAAUUUUUAAUUGUUGAUUUAAACAUUUUUGAGAAAAGAUUAAAUUUUUCAGGCGAUCCGAAGCGUGGACAAGAAGGACGACACACAGUGGCUGACAUACUGGACGGUAUUCGCGACAAUUUCGCUCUUCGAUUUCUUUUCACAGGACAUCUACCGCUUCUUUCCAUUUAUCUACGUCUUCAAGGUCUUUGAUAGCUUUUUUUCCAACUAACAUAGAAACAAUGUUAAUAUUUUCAAUGUCCUGUUUAGGCCGUUUUCCUCGUGUACCUUUACUUGCCGCAGACGCACGGCACGGCGGUGUUCUACACGAAAAUUGUCGAUCCGCUCGUCACCCGCAUUGACAAUUUCUUCGGCACAGGAGCCAAGCAAUAA